GCUCCGGGGCCGCUGCCGGCGGCUGAUCCCCUCCCUCCGCCUCCCGCCCGGCUCCCUCCGCCCCCAGCGGGUAACCUGACAGCCGACUGCAGUGCUCGCGGCGCGGCGCUCGGAGCCGGCCUGCUGCUGGGAAGCUGAGAAAUGACCCGUCGCCCCUGAAGCCUGUGGGUCCGGAAGGCGCGUCUGGUCAGCGCCCACACCGGGAGGAGCCGCCGGGGGUUCCCCGCUUCCUGUCGCGAGACCAGGCGCCCGGCCGCGGCGCUCUCUGGAAAAUGAGCAGGACGCCGCCGCCCAGGGAGCGCCGCGCCUGAGGCCCAGCAUGCAGGGCCCCCCGCUCGGGACCGGCCGCUGGACCCGGUAGAGGCGGGGCAUGCCGGGCCUCGCCGCGCGCCGCCCACGCCCACGCCCACGCCCACGCCCACCGCUGUGACCCGGGAGCGCCACUCGGCCGCGUGGGAGAAGCGCGCGCUGCGAGCCAAGCUGGAGAACCUAGAGCAGGUCCUGAAGCACAUGCGCGAGGCCGCGGAGAGGCGGCAGCAGCUGGAGCUGGAGCAUGAGCAGGCGCUGGCUGUGCUCAACGCCAAGCAGCAGGAGAUCGACCUUCUGCAGAAGGCUCAGGUUGAAGCGAAGAAGGAGCAUGAAGGCGCCGUGCAGCUGCUAGAGUGCAAGGUGCGGGAGCUGGAGGACAAGUGCCGGGCCCAGAGCGAGCAGUUCAGCCUCCUGUCGCGGGACCUGGAGAAGUUCCGGCAGCACGCGGGCGCCAUCGACCUGCUGGGCGGCUCCCUGGUCCCCCUGGAUGCCCCCCUGGCCCCCGGCAGCAAGCCCUUCCCGCAGUUCAUGAACGGACUCGCCCCCUCCAUCGGGGCAGGUCAGGACGGCCCCUUCGGGAGCCGCGCUGUGAUCGGGGACUACAUCCGGCCCCUCCCGCUGCCCGGGGACUCGCCGGAGCCUCUGCCCACCAAGCCCCCCUUUCUGUCCAGAUCCGGAAGCUCAAGAUGCAGAUUUGAGUCCGAUAUGGACAAUGAACGGAACGCCAACCCCCCCAAGCAGAGGUACUCAGGGAAGGUGCACCUGUGUGUGGCCCGCUACAGCUACAACCCCUUCGACGGCCCCAAUGAGAACCCAGAGGCCGAGCUGCCGCUCACGGCGGGGAAAUACCUCUACGUCUACGGGGACAUGGACGAGGACGGCUUCUAUGAAGCAGGCGAGCUCCUGGGCGGGCAGCGGGGGCUCGUGCCCUCCAACUUCGUGGACCUGGUGCAGGACAGCGAGGCCAGGCUGAGCGCGCUGGAGACCGAGCAGGGGCAGAACCUCCUCAACCAGACGGGCCUGGGCCUGGGCCUGGGCCUGGGCGGGGAGGACCCCCUGGACCUGCCCCCGCCCUCCCCUCCGGCCCCGGGCGGCCCCGACGACGACGGCGAGGGGACCCCGGACGCGAGCAUCGACGACCUCGGCGAAGACCUCGUGCCUUACCCCCGCAAGAUCACCCUCAUCAAGCAGCUGGCCAAGAGCGUGAUCGUGGGCUGGGAACCGCCGGCCCUGCCGCCCGGCUGGGGCCCGGUGGGCGGCUACACGGUGCUGGUGGACCAGCAGCCGCGCCUGAGCCUCCCGCCGGCCGGCAGGACCAAGGCGCUGAUCGAGAAGCUGGGCGUGGCCGCUGGCACCCACCGCGUGUCCGUGCAGUGCGUGACCGGCCGGGGCAGCUCGGACCAGCUGCGCUGCACGCUGCUGGUGGGCAAGGACGUGGUGGUCGCCCCGUCCCAGCUGCGGGCGGACGACGUCACGCCCACCUCCGCGCGGCUCUCCUGGCUGCCCACCAACAGCAACUACAGCCACGUGGUGUUCCUGGACGGGCAGGAGCAGGGCGUGGCGCGGGCCGCCCGGUACCGGUACCAGCUGCUCAACCUCAGGCCCGGCACCGCCUACAAGGUCCGGGUGCUGGCCCGCCCCCACCAGGUGCCCUGGCAGCUGCCCCUGGAGCAGAGGGAGAAGAAGGAGGCCUUUGUGGAGUUCUGCACGCUGCCCGCCGGUCCCCCGGCUGCCCCCCAAGACGUCACCGUCCAGGCGGGAGCCACCCCAGCCAUCGCCCAGGUCUCCUGGAAGCCGCCCGCCCUGAGUGCCACCGGGCUGUCCAACGGGGCCACCGUCACGGGCUACGGCGUGUACGCAAAGGGGCAGAGGGUGGCCGAGGUCGCCGCCCCCACGGCGGACGGCGUGGCCGUGGAGCUGGCGCGGCUGCGCGGCCUGGACGCCAGGGGCCUGACGGUGCGGACCCUCUCGGCUCAGGGCGAGUCCAUGGACUCCGCCGUCGCCGCCGUCCCCCCUGACCUCCUGGUGCCUCCCGCCCCCCCGAGAGCGCCCACCCCACAGCCGUUAGCAAGUGCCGGAGCCCCCGAAACCAAAGACGACCGCCCGGGGCCCCACGUCCGAGCGGACGAGGCCUGGGAGCAGGGCCGGGCGCCCACCCUCGGGCACACGCUGGAGCUGCCCGGCCUGCCCGGCCGGCGCUCGCCCUCGCCCAGCCGGAUCCUCCCGCAGCCGCAGGGCGCCCCCGUGUCCAGCUCCGUGGCCAAGGCCAUGGCCCGGGAGGCCGCGCAGAGGGUGGCCGAGAGCAGCAGGUUAGAGAAAAGGAGCGUGUUCAUGGACAGGGGCGGGCAGUACGCCAACUCGGACGAGGAGGACGGCUACGAGUCCCCUGACCUCAGGAGGAGGGGCGCCUCCGUGGACGACUUCCUGAAGGGCUCCGAGCUGGGCAAGCCGCCGCACUGCUGCCAUGGCGACGAGUACCACACGGAGAGCAGCCGGGGCUCGGACCUGUCCGACAUCAUGGAGGAGGACGAGGAGGAGCUGUGCUCGGAGAUGCAGCUGGAGGGGGGCCGGCGGCGGCCCAGCGGCACGUCCCACGGCGCCCUCAAGGAGUGCUCUAGGCAUAGGACCUCGGACGGGGCGUUCCCGGAGCCGCCCGAGGGCCCCCCGCAGGCCCCCCACAGUGCGAGGCUGUUCAGUAUCCCCGAAGUAGCGGAGGAGGACGCGGAGCCCUGUGAGUUCCUGCACAGACAGGGCGUAGGGUGCCCGUCCAGGGCCUGGGAGCCCAGGCGCGCCAGGACCUGCCGGGUGCACCAGGCCCCCCAGGGCUCCCGGGUCUCCGCGAAACCCAGGGGCCCCCACGCCGAGGACUCCCUUCCCGAAGACAGGGGCGGCCGGGGCGGCCGCUGGGCCACCAGGAGCCCGGACAGCGGCCUGGACUGUGGGAGCGAAGAAGAGGACCCGCGGCUGAGCCUCAGGAGCGUGGCCGCCACGGGCAGCCCGGGCCCCGGGCCCUGCCCCUGUAGGACCCUCCGGCCCCUGCUGGCCCGGCGGCGGACGCUGACCCGGCAGACCAGCAUCGAGGAGGACUUUGGGGAGCAGGACCCCAGCCCCGUCGUCAGGAGCGACGACCCUCGCCUGAGCCCGGAGCGGCCGGCCCCCAGGAAGCCUGGCUGGGACCAGCCCGCGGGGCCCAACGUCUGGAAGAAAAGCAUAAAAACGCCCCCCAGUAGGGCGACCGCCCAGCACCCGCAGGCGGCUCCCCGCCUGGCAGACGGCCCCGUGAUUUUAGGGAACCCGGCGUCUGCGGGACGGGCGGACAGGGCCGAGCACGGGGGCCGGAGGGUUCCCCACGGAGGCGGCGGCCCGCACCGGCCCCGGCCAGCGGCCCCGGCCAUCGAUGACUACGGCGACCGGGGCCGGCUGUCCCCCGACUUCUACGGGGAGUCCGAGACCGACCCUGGUGCCGAGGAGCCCCCGGCGCGCAUCUUCGUGGCCCUUUUCGACUACGACCCGCUGAGCAUGUCCCCGAACCCCGACGCCGCCGAGGAGGAGCUGCCCUUCAAGGAGGGACAGAUCAUCAAGGUCUACGGCGAUAAGGACGCGGACGGCUUCUACCGCGGGGAGACGUGCGCCCGGUCCGGCCUCAUCCCCUGCAACAUGGUGUCCGAGAUCCAGGCCGAGGACGAGGAGAUGAUGGAGCAGCUCCUGCGACAGGGCUUCCUGCCGCUCAGCACGCCCGUGGAGAGGACGGAGAGGAGCAGGCGAGGCGGCCGGCAGCAGGCGGUGUCCACGCGCAGGAUGGUGGCCCUGUACGACUACGACCCCAGAGAGAGCUCGCCCAACAUCGAUGUCGAGGCCGAGCUCACCUUCUGCACCGGGGACAUCAUCUCCGUCCUCGGGGACAUCGACGAGGACGGGUUCUACUAUGGGGAGCUCAAUGGGCAGAAAGGCCUGGUGCCGUCCAACUUCCUGGAAGAAGUGCCUGACGACGUGGAGGUCUACCUCUCGGACACCCCGUCCCACCGCCCACAGGACACGCCCGUGCGCUCCAAGGCCAAACGGAAGAAGAGUGUUCAUUUCACACCUUAAUCAGGCACAGUAGCCUUCACGUAAGUGAGCAGCUGAAGAUACCUAGACGCCCCGAGCUGCCCAGCGGGCUCCGCGGUGGACGCCGGGGUCACGGGGCCGGGAAAGAAAUAUGUCCCCUAAGGGCCACUGGCCUCGGUUGUAAAGCAGCUGAAGGCGUGGCGGGCUGAGCCGGGCGACCAUCCCCCGCGGUUCCCGCGGAGGCCAGCAGGGGGCAUGUUUCCCGCGAGCCCGUUUCUCCCCCGCGGCUGCGUGUUGCAUUGUCAGCCACUCUCGGAAAAGCACAACCUCGCCAACGUGUUUACGGCAGAUUCCUUAUAUAAAUUUUUAAAAAUAUAUAUUUUUAUUGACUUCAGAGAGGAAGGGAAAAGGGAGAGAAACAUCAAUGAUGAGAAUCAUGGCUCGGCUGCCUCCUGCACGCCCCCGACUGGGGAUCGAGCCCACAACCCAGGCCUGUGCCCUGCCUGGGAAGCGAACCCGGGACUCCAGUCCCCAGGCUGGCGCUCUAUCCACUGAGCCACACCGGCCAGGGCCCGGCAGAUUUCCUUGUAAAAGUGCGGCUGGAGCUCAGGUAGCCGGGCAGUGGGCAGGCCGGCCCGGGGUCGCGUCCCACUGCCCGCACGGCGUCUCCUCCAGUCCCCGCCUCCAUCUGGUGCGGGCCAGGCUGGUCCUCGAAGCGCCGACGCAGGGGGAGGCGCCGGUGGCCUGCCAAUGCAAUACCCGCUUCCGAGACACGCGGCUCCGAGAUGGACGGCCCAGAGGGGCUGCGGUAUCUUCAGUGACCGUGGGUGCUUGCCAAGGUUUCCAUUAGAGUUAGACCUUGAUUCUAAAUCCAAGCAAGCUGAAGCCCCGUGGCUGGCCGUGGCUGCUGAAUCCUGCACGCUCCCAGGAGGUCAGAGGUCAGAGGUCAGGAUUGGGGGAUGGUCCAGGUCCCGUCAGGCGGGGCCACAGUGCCCGUGAGCUCAGCACUUGACCGUGUGCUCACGACGGACAAGAUCCCACCGAGACCCCAGAGCCGUGCAGGCCGCGCAGCGCCCACGGAGGCCUUGCCCACGGAGGCCUGGCAGCUUUCUUUGAUUGCAAUUAAGGUUCAUUUUAGUUUUGUUUUUCUUUCAACCGGUGUGCCAUCCCCAACCUUCCUAACCCGGGCGCUCGGCCGACCAGGGGCCGUCGCUUUCAAAGACAAGACUCUCGCUGAGUGCAUCCGCUGUGAGAUGGGCACUCACCAGGGUUACGUCGACGUAACUUACAACAGCCCCCACCCCUCGAUUGGGUCUUAAUGUACCAGGAAGUGAUCCCCAGCCCCGUCCUGCCCGCGUGAGGGGCACCCCGCCCGUGUCCCCGAGGCGCUGGGCAGGCUGCUCCUGGCGCCCCUACUUGAAGAAAACACCCACCGUCCCUCCUUCCUUCGCGGGCGGGCGGGCGGCCGGCCGGCCGGGCUGUGUGUGGCGGGCUGGCGGGGCUGGCGCUGACGUGCCCAGUAAACUGUCACACUGUACCUCCCAGGUGCCUCCCGAGGGGGCAGGCCCGGCCAGGAGAGCGCCGUCCCCCACAGCCCGUCUCCACGCGGGGUCUCCUGCGCCGUCUGUGGGUACAGGUGGUCCCGGGAGAGGCCGGGGCGUG